AUGGGCGCACCAAAGUCGCAGAAGUAUCCGUUGACGGAUACCGUACGUGGCAUCGUCUAUGAAGGCCUCACCAUGGAAGAGACCUUCACCAAGAUCUAUGCCACGGAUGCCUGGGGCAAAGGCUCAGGGGCUGGCAGCGUGCCUGUGCAUUGCUUGAAAUGGAUUGAGUUUGUGCGGAAGUUCAUCAAGGAGAAUGCGAUCCACUCUGUGGUGGACCUGGGUUGUGGUGACUGGCAGUUCAGCCCUUACAUCUACCAUGACCUGGGUGUUGCUUACACAGGCUACGAUGUGGUGCUUCCGGUGAUCCAAGAGAAUCGCGCAAAUUGGGGAGAGCAAGGAUUUGCCUUUGAGCACCUAGAAUUCUCCUCGCAGGUGCAUGAGGUCAAAGAUGCCGAAUUGUACAUCUUGAAGGACGUCCUGCAGCAUUGGUCUUCUGCCCGCAUCAGCAGCUUCCUGAAGGAGCUACGGAGAAAGCCCACUCUGAGGUUCAUUCUCCUUUGCAACUGCGCUGGCCCUGAGGAUUGGCCCGAGGAAGACUGCCAGGAUGGUGGUUGGCGACCUCUCUUCGCAUCCAAAGCACCCCUGAAGGAGUUCAAUCCAGAGGUGCUGCUGAGAUUUCCCUCGUUGCCAAACAUCAAGGCGAGCCAUGCUUUACAGUGGCAGGGACGGCAGGGCGCCAUCGCUAGUUACAUCAGAUGUCCAGGACCAAACCCUACAUUUCUAAGCAAUUUCUCGUUUGUUAUGAUCAAUUCCAAGCACAUUUACAGACCAUAUGUUUCUAGUUGUUUCCCAUGUAUUCGCAAGUGGCCCACCCAAAACAUGAUAAAUCAUGAUCGAUCAUUAUAA